CAGUGUCUGAUUUCGAAAUGAGAAAACGGAUACUUGGAGAGAGAACUUGCACAAGGUCACACAACUCAAAUGGCUGGGGGAAGACUGACCCCAGGAAGUCUGGUUCAAAGCCCGCGCCCCAGCGAUAUAAGGGAGGGGGCGACAAGCGCCUAGCCUCGCUCUUCGCACUCCAUCUCCAGUGCUCUUUCCUUACCCCGCACGGCCCCUUCAGAAUCCCACCGCGGGAGAGGAUCACACAACAAAGGGCGGGGGAGCGCUCAGGAGACCGGUCGGUGUCCCGCAAAACGCGAUAACUGGACCCCAGCAAAUCACUAGGAAAUGGUAUCGGGUGUCCUCCUCCCUUCACUUCAGAAAACAGGCCACCUUUUAGACUUCCUCCCUUGGCGGCGAGGAAGCGUAGAGCCCCCUGGUCUGGCUGAGAGCUUACGUAAGGCCAACCGGCGGCUGCGCCCGGGUCUCCCAAGGGUGUGCGCCGAGCCCCCGGCCCGGGAGGGCCUCCCUCCGGCCUUCUCCCCUCGCCGCUCCGCGGAGGACCGCCGGGGAAGCCGGAGACCACCGGCCCCGCGCCAACGGCGUCCGCGUUUGGGAGGGGGCGUCCUCCCGCAGCCACCCAGCUUCCCGGGGGAGGAGCAGCGCAUCGCGCAAGCAUCCGGGAGCGGCGGAGGGGGCGGGAGGAAGGGCGAGAGGAGGAAGCGGGAUUUAAACGAAAGGCGGUGACGCCACACAAAAGAUUUCUAUAGGCUCCAGGGAGGUUAGGGCCGAGGCGGCGGCGGCGAGCCCGGGGGCGAGGCGCGGACGGGAAGAGGAGAAGCCUCCAGCAGCCCCGGCGGGCGAGCGGGCGGCGGCGCACCCACGGCCGCGCUCCGAGGUGAAGCCGCGCGGGGAGAGGAAGCGGGUGUUUUCCCCUCUGCCUUUCGGCCCCCGCCCUUCCUUUCAGUUUCUCCCGGCUCGCUCGGAAGUUGGAGGUUGACAAAAAUGGCAGGAGCCGGGGCCCGGGCGGGUUGCCGCAGCGCCGCGGGGACCUUCUGAGUUGGCUGGGCCGCCUGGGAGACGCGCGCGGCUGCGUCCGAUGCACAGGGCCCGGGGUCUCGGGAGAGCUCAGCCGCAGCGGGCCCGAGGCGAGGAGGCGACGGGGAUGGACUCGCGCCGACAGCCAGCGGCGGGCCGCGAGGCGCGCGGUCCGGGAGGGCGUGCCGCCUCGGCGCCGGGCCGCCCUCUGUGAACCGGCGAGGCGGGAAGGGGCCGCUGCGGCGCCCGGCACGCCCGGGCGUGGCAGGCGGGCGAGAGCGCGAGCGGGGCGGCCGCUGUGCGCAAUCAGUGCAGGCUCCCGCCCGACUCUGACUCGGCCGCGCCAGCACCGGCCACACCCUCGGCCCUGCCGCCGCCGCCGGCGCCGCUUCCCGAGAGCGGGAGGCAGGAGAUGCGCCCGGGGCAGCCCCGCGUCCUACAGCGCCAGUCCCGGCCACCGUCGCGGGGAAGUGCCGCCUGGCGGGGUCUGGACGCCUGAAGCCCACGUGCGCCGCCGAGCCCGAGGUGGCUGACAGCAGUGCCGUCCUGAGCCGCCGCCCGCGCUCCUCCCCGAGGAAAGGAUUUUGAUUUCAAAGAAAGGAAGGAAGGAAGGACAACUCCCAGCUUCCCUCUCCGGCCCUCCCAGCUCCGGCGGUCGGGCCGGGCCAUGCCCAGGAAGGCGGCGGCGGCGGCAGCCCAGCAGAAGGGACUUUCCUGGCAGCCCGGCGACGAGGAGAGCGGUCUGUGAGUUUGCUUUGCCCCGGUUCAUGGUUCCUGCAAGCCCUCCAAGAGGCCGAACGCUGCAGCCCCUCCCCGCGCCCCGAAGAGCCUUCUGUGUUCUCUGGCCCCAGGGCCCGCUCCGCGCCGCCCGGGCUCCGGCCGCCGCAGCCCAGUGCCCUCUGCCCGCGGCGGUGGAUGGCAUGAUGGUGCGGGGAAGGCACCGCGGCCUUGGCCAGCUGAGUCGCGACGGCCGCGGGGGCGGCGGCAUUGGCAGCGGCGGUGGUAGCGGACUCCCCAGCGGCAUGCCAGUGCCCCCCGGGCGCGAUGGCUAGCGGCAGCGCUGGGAAGCCCACUGGCGAGGCGGCUUCUCCGGCUCCAGCGAGCGCCGUCGGCGGGGCCUGCUCGCAGCCACGUAAGAGGCUGGUGUCCGUCUGCGACCACUGCAAGGGCAAGAUGCAGCUGGUGGCCGAUCUGCUGCUGCUGUCGAGCGAGGCGCGGCCCGUGCUCUUCGAGGGCCCUGCCUCCUCUUGUGCCGGUGCCGAGUCCUUCGAGCAGUGCCGGGACACCAUCAUCGCACGCACCAAGGGGCUCUCCAUCCUGACCCACGACGUGCAGAGCCAGCUCAACAUGGGCCGCUUCGGGGAGGCAGGGGACAGCCUGGUGGAGCUGGGCGACCUGGUGGUGUCACUGACCGAGUGCUCCGCCCACGCGGCAUAUCUGGCGGCCGUGGCCACGCCGGGCGCGCAGCCC